AUGGUAUAAUUGCAAAUACCAACAAAAAUACUGAAUGUCACUAAAAUCAAACAUUGGAGGGAAUAACAAGAUUGACAACAUUCAAUAAACCUUAAAUUUCUUGUAAUAAACAUACAUCACGUAAGAAUUCAAUUAACACAAAAUGAGUGUCAGUGCAGCUUCAACUACAACCGCUGUUGAAGAAGACGUUGAUGAAGGAGGUCCCCAACUGAUUAACAAACUUGAGGGUAAUGGCAUUAAUUCAGGAGAUCUUAAAAAGCUGGAAGAAGCUGGUUACCACACAAUUGAAUCAGUGGCUUUUGCUCCCAAAAAGUAUCUGUUACAAAUUAAAGGAAUCUCGGAAGCUAAAGCUGACAAACUCAUAGCUGAAGCUUCAAAAUUAGUGCCAAUGGGAUUUACAACCGCCACUGAAUUUCAUCAGAAAAGAUCUGAAAUUAUACAGCUGACCACAGGUUCUACAGAGUUAGACCGGUUGUUGGGUGGUGGAAUAGAAACUGGGUCUAUAACAGAGAUUUUUGGGGAAUUUAGAACUGGGAAAACGCAGAUUUGUCACACAAUAGCAGUGACUUGCCAAUUACCAAUUGAAAGUGGAGGUGGUGAAGGUAAAUGCCUUUACAUUGACACUGAAGGAACUUUCAGACCUGAAAGAUUGCUGGCAGUUGCUGAAAGAUACCAAAUGAAUGGACAAGAUGUUUUAGAUAACGUAGCUUAUGCAAGGGCUUAUAAUACUGAUCACCAGACUAAAUUACUCAUUAUGGCUUCAGCUAUGAUGGCUGAAUCAAGGUAUGCUUUACUUAUAGUUGAUAGUGCCAUGGCUCUUUAUAGAACUGAUUAUUCUGGUAGAGGUGAAUUAUCUGAUAGACAAAGGCAUUUAGCUAGAUUUUUAAGAAUGCUUCUACGAUUAGCUGAUGAGUUUGGUGUCGCCGUUAUCAUAACCAACCAAGUGGUUGCCCAAGUUGAUGGGGCUGCAAUGUUCAAUGCAGACCCAAAAAAACCCAUUGGUGGAAAUAUAAUGGCACAUGCCUCUACAACCAGGUUGUACUUGAGAAAAGGCAGAGGCGAGACUCGUAUGUGCAAAAUUUAUGACUCACCAUGUUUGCCAGAGUCUGAAGCCAUGUUUGCUAUCAAUCCUGAUGGUAUUGGAGAUGCCAAGGAGUAAAUUUUUUGUGUAUGCAACUGGCCAGAAGUUUCUAUUUUUUGUUUAAUGAAUCAAGUAAUUCUGAAUUUAGUGUUAAGGAUUAAAUAUUUUUAUACCAAAAUAAUAAAAAAUAGCUUUAAAUUAA